CAGUCUCUGGGCAGGAGCUGUAAACAUGUUUACCUGAGCAGGAGAGAAAAUGGAUUUCCCCCUAAAGAUGCUCCCGAUGUGGACUAUCGUGCCUCUAAAGCAUAUCAACAGAUGCUUUGUGCCUGCUUGAAUACCUUGCCUUUGAAAAUCUGAGGGGGAAAGGGAAUCUGAAGGCUGCAGCAAAUGGCAACUUGUGCAGUUACCAAUUACAACAACAUCGUAGAAACAAAUUCAGAUUCAGAUGAUGAAGACAAAUUGCACAUUGUUGAAGAGGAAAGUAUAACAGAUGCAGCAGAUUGUGAUAACAGCGUGCCAGACGAUGACUUGCCAAAAGACCCUACAGUAUUACCAGAAUGCAGUGAAAGUGCAAACAGUUGCUGGGAAGAUGACGGUAUGUGUCAAGGUAGCAAAGAAGCAAAAGAAAUCCUGGGGCCUGAAGCUCAAGCUGAUGAAUCUGCAUGUGCAGCUAAAGAAGAUGAAUGUGAUUCUGAUGCAGAAAAUGAACAAAAUCAUGACCCUAAUGUUGAAGAAUUUCUGCAGCAAGAAGAUACAGCGGUUAUCUACCCUGAAGCACCUGAAGACGAUCAAAGGCAAGGCACGCCAGAAGCCAGUGGCCAAGAUGAAAAUGGCACGCCAGAUGCAUUUUCCCAGCUGCUUACAUGCCCUUACUGUGAUAGAGGGUACAAACGCUUUACCUCUCUGAAGGAACAUAUCAAAUAUCGCCAUGAAAAAAAUGAAGAUAACUUCAGUUGCUCUUUAUGCAGUUACACAUUUGCAUACAGAACGCAACUUGAACGCCAUAUGACAUCACAUAAAUCAGGAAGAGAUCAAAGACAUGUGACUCAGUCUAGUGGUAACCGAAAAUUUAAGUGCACUGAAUGUGGAAAAGCUUUCAAAUAUAAACAUCACUUAAAGGAACACCUACGCAUCCACAGUGGAGAGAAGCCAUAUGAGUGCCCAAACUGCAAGAAACGUUUUUCCCAUUCUGGUUCCUAUAGCUCCCACAUAAGCAGUAAGAAAUGUAUUGGUCUGGUGCCUGUGAAUGGACGAACACGAACGGGACUGAAGACAUCUCAGUGCUCUUCCCCUUCCCUUUCUGCAUCUCCGGGUAGCCCAGCAAAGCCACAAGUACGACAAAAAAUGGAGAACAAGCCCUUACAAGAACAACUCCCUGUAAACCAAAUUAAAACUGAACCUGUGGAUUAUGAAUUCAAGCCUAUAGUGGUUGCUUCAGGAAUCAACUGUUCGGCCCCUCUGCAAAAUGGGGUUUUCAGUGGUGGUAGCCAAUUGCAGGCAACCAGUUCUACUCAGGGUGUGGUGCAAGCUGUUGUUUUGCCAACCGUUGGUCUGGUGUCUCCAAUAAGUAUCAACUUAAGUGACAUUCAAAAUGUACUCAAAGUUGCCGUAGAUGGCAACAUUAUAAGGCAAGUAUUGGAGAACAGUCACGCCAAUUUUGCAUCCAAAGAACAAGAAACAAUCAACACUGCAUCCAUACAACAAGCUGGACAUUCCCUCAUUUCAGCUAUCAGUCUUCCUUUGGUUGACCAAGAUGGAACAACCAAAAUUAUUAUCAACUACAGCUUGGAGCAGCCUAGUCAGCUUCAGGUUGUGCCACAGAACCUGAAAAAAGAAAACCCUGCCCCGGCAAACAGCUGUAAAAUGGAGAAGUUGCCAGAAGAUCUUAGAGUGAAGUCUGAGAAAGAGAAAAGCUUUGAAGGAGAGACAAAAGAUAGCACUUGCCUUCUAAAUGAUGACUGUCCAGGAGAGCCUAAUGCACUUCAAGAAUCAAAGCACUAUAAUAUCAAAAAUCCCACUCAGCCGUCUCAGCUCAGUGACGUAGACGCUGAGAAGUCCGAAUCCGCUGUUUCAACAGAAGCAGGGGAGGCUAACCUUUCCCCUGGUCAACCCCCUUUAAAAAACCUUUUAUCCCUUCUGAAAGCCUAUUACGCAUUAAAUGCACAGCCAAGCUCAGAAGAGCUCACAAAAAUUGCCGAUUCAGUAAAUUUGCCAUUGGAUGUAGUAGAAAAGUGGUUCAAAAAAAUGCAAGCUGGCCAAAUUUCUGUACCAUCAUCUGGACCAUCUUCUCCUGAGCCCGACAAAUUAAAAGAUACUGUUGAUAAAGAUGACCAUACGGGACUUACAAAUGAACAUCAGGACAGCACAUCUGGUUCUGUGAGCCCUCUCAAGACAGAUAAACCACCGGCUGUUUCAACAGGAUCCACUCAAAACGGCUCACGGAAUAACACACCGCCCCCAUCACCCCUUAACCUCUCUUCCUCUAGAAAUUCACAGGGUUAUUCGUACCUUAAUGAAGAUACCCAAGAAGAGCCACAAAUAGAACCUCUUGACCUUUCACUACCAAAGCAACAUGGAGAGUCAUUGGAACGAUCUACCAUAACUAGUGUUUACCAGAAUAGUGCUUAUUCUGUCCAAGAAGAACCUUUGAACUUGACUUGUGCAAAAAAAGAACCACAAAAAGACAGCAGUAUUACAGACUCUGAACCAGUUGUAAAUGUAAUCCCACAAAGUGCCAAUCCCAUUAAUAUUGCUAUACCUACAGUCACUGCCCAGUUACCUACAAUUGUUGCCAUUGCUGACCAGAACAGUGUUCCAUGCUUACGAGCUCUUGCUGCCAAUAAGCAGACUAUUCUUAUCCCACAGGUAGCUUAUACUUACUCAACCACAGUUACUCCUACAGUUCAAGAAACACCAAAACAGAUGCAGGCAAAUGGAAGUCAGGAUGAAAGACAGGACACUAGCUCAGAAGGGGUAUCAAAUGUGGAGGAUCAGAAUGAUUCUGAUUCCACACCGCCGAAGAAGAAGAUGAGAAAAACAGAAAAUGGAAUGUAUGCUUGUGAUUUGUGUGACAAAAUAUUCCAGAAGAGUAGCUCACUCUUGAGACAUAAAUAUGAACACACAGGUAAAAGACCUCAUGAAUGUGGGAUCUGCAAGAAAGCAUUUAAACACAAACAUCAUUUGAUCGAACACAUGCGAUUGCACUCUGGAGAAAAGCCGUAUCAGUGUGACAAAUGCGGCAAGCGAUUUUCACACUCGGGGUCUUACUCUCAGCACAUGAAUCACCGCUACUCCUAUUGCAAAAGGGAAGCAGAGGAACGCGACAGCACAGAGCAGGAUGAGGUGGCACAGGAGCACCUGGGUGGGGAGCACGGCGAGGCUGGUGCUUCUCCCUCACCGCUCGACUCGGACGAGAGGGAGAGCUUAACGAGAGAGGAAGACGAGGAGGAGGAGGAAGAAGACAGUGAGAAAGAGGAGGAGGAGGAAGAAGAGGAAGACAAAGAGGUGGAGGGGCUGCAAAACGAAAAAGAAUGUGGAAAACUACAAGAGGAGGAGGAAGGUGAGGAAGAAGUAGUAACUGAAGGUAACUUGAAGGUUGAAGAAACUGUAAAUGGAGAAAGCAGUAUUAAACAAGAAGUUGUACAGAAAGAGGAGCCAUUGUUAGAUGAAGCAGCAAGUGAAGCUUAACUGAGGAUGUGGUUUUGUACAAGGAAAAGAAAUCUCAACCGGUAAUGAAGUUUGUUCUAUACUCUACAUGCUUUUCAUGGAAGCACAGUAGCCUGUGCACUGUGAGUCCUGUUCACUACUGUGUAACAAAAAUGAAAAAAAAAAAAAAAGAAACAAGAAAAUAUAAAAUAUAUAUAUAUCCAGGUGUGCCUGAACCUCAAACCUAAUAAUUUUUCACACAGUUUUCAAAAGUUAGGAACAAGUUUGUGACCUGAAACAGAUUAGAAGAACAUGGUGGCUCUGGAAGCAAAUAGUUAACAUGUUGUAGGAAACAUGUUUUAUUUGAUAUGUGUUGGACAUCAGUUGGUUUUUAUCAGUAUUAUUAUUAUUAUUUUCCUUUUUUGUUGUUGUUGUUGGUUUAAUUUUUCAAUUGUACAAUUGGGAGAGAUUUAUGUUGUUGUUUUUUUAAGAAAUAUAUAUCAGUGACAAAUUCUGCUAAUUCCACUUCAGUAUUUUAUUAUAUUUUUUAAAAAAAUGUGAGAACUUCUGCACUACAGAAUUCCCUUAAGCAGAAAGGUAUGAUGCAGUUCCAAACAGUGCUUGACUACCUUUGUAAAUUGAGCAUAGAAGGUAGCGGUUUAUAACAUUUAGAUGUUGUUCGUAGAUACAUUUUAAAGUGUAUUGUUAGCCUUAAGAAAGCAGCUGAUAGAAGAACGGAAGUUUCUUACUCAUGUGGUUGAAAACGUAGUUUGAAAAGAUUGUGGCGGGCUUCUGAUUGCAGGGACUAACAGUGUUAAUACUGGUGAGGACAGCCAAGUUGUCGAAAUCAGUGUUUGUAAUUAUGUUCUGGGCUAUGUCGUAAAACACAAAAGAAAAAAAUAUAUAUGAAGGAUAUGACAUGAAGCUUUGUAUCUCCUUUGGCCUUAUGCAAGACCUUGUGUGCUGUAAGUGCCAUUUCUCAGUAUUUUGAAGGCUCUGACCAGCCUUUCUCCAAUGUGUGGCCUACAAUAACUAGCAUUUGUUGAUUUGUAUUGAACUUCUGUAAAUUAAAUCAUGGGGGGGAAAACACUCAGCCAUUAGAAAAGCAAAAGCACUGGUACAUUUUCAUAAUGCAAUUCUUCAGUAUUAUUAUUAUUUUCUUUAAUAAUUUACUUGGAGAAUUUCUCUAGAGUAAUUAAUUACGAAGGGAAAUGUCUAAUCUGUUUUAUCGGUUCACUUAAUUUCAGACACAUACGUAAUAUGUUAUUGGGCUCAUAUGUUUCCAAAUGUUAGUUAUUCUGGACCCCAUUUAUUGACAAUGUUAGCUGAUUUAACCUAUCAGUAUUAUUUUAUUUUCUUUUAGUUUCUAGAUCUGUGCAACAUUUUGUACUGUAUGUUUUCAAACCUGGCAGUAUUAAUACCCUUCUUACUGACAUAUGUACCUUUUUAGUUUUAGAAAACUUUUAUAUUUAUGUGUCUUAUUUUUAUAUUUCUUUAUUUAUUACACAGUGUAGUGUAUAAUACGGUAGUUUGUAUUAAUACAAUAAUAUAUUUUAGUAUGAAAAUUUGGAAAGUUGAUAAGAUUUAAAGUAGAGAUACAAUUGGUUCUCUUGCAUUGAGAUUUGAUUUAACAGUGUUAUGUUAACAUUUAUACUUGCCUUGGACUGUAGAAGAGAAGAAUUAAAACGGGAAUGUAUCAAUUUUACAAUUGCAAUCAAUUCAUUUUAUCUUUUCCCAGUUUUUAAUAUAAAGCUCUUAAAUUUUGGAAUUCACUGUGUGUAAUAGCAUGAUGCUCUGCGGUUUUAUUAAGAGAUUAUCCUAACCAUAAAACACUCAUUUUCUUAGGUAAGCCAAGCUAGAAUAAUCUUCUAAACAGUGUUGGGAACAAUGUUUAACAUUUCUGUGCCAAUUUGUUCCUGUUUUCAUGUAUGUGAGUUACAAAUCUGAAACUUUUUUUUAAGUUUCUUGUUACAUCAUGGUCAUUUUCUAGUUUUUUACCAGACUCCCCAUCUCACAAUAAAAAAGGUCAACAAGCCUGA